AUGGAAUCCUCCUCUUCUUCAUUAGCGCCAACGACCCAGCGGUCGCUCAAACCGGCCCUGAAGCCGUCAAAGCCCAAGUCGAGCUCAACCUCAUCCUCCAAAUUCCCAUACGACCUCCCCUACGCCCAUCUCGACCUCCGCACCCACCCUCACCUGUACCGCACCGGCGUCGGCGAACAAGGCGUCCUCAUGGUGCAACCGUACAAAUCCGAGCUAGUCCCGCAUUGGCGCUUCAAAACCCCCUCCAUCGCCACCUCCUCCUCCUCCAAACUCCAUUCGAUCUUUCAGACCUACCUCGACGAGGGCGACUUUGUAGGUGCGGACAUGGCACGCAAGUUCAUUCAGAUGGGUUACACCCGAGCGCGGCGCUAUGCGAAUCACAAGGGCGGCAAGAAGUACGUCUAUGACGACGAGAGUGGGCCGAAGGGCAAAGGGAGUAAGAGGACCGAGAUCAAGCGGUUGGAGCGGCAAGAUCAGGAUCCGGACAAGGUCGAGGCAGCGAGGAUCUUCAAGCAGGUGCUGGACGAGAAGGUGUGGACGAAUUCAGAGUAUGUGAGAUUGAGAGAGGAGCAUCAGGAAUGGGUGAAGGGGCAGCCGGUGCUAACGGAGGACUGCGAGGAGGUGAAGAGGGCGUUACUGAAGGAUGCGGAGAAGGAGAGGGUGGUGAGGAAGUGGUGA